AAAGUCCACCUCAAGAAUUAAAACUGCAAAGAGAACCUGAUGCGCCCUCUCCAGGUCAUCCCCAGACAGCUCGUUUCCCGGCUGUAUUGUGGACUGAAGUCUCCAGCCUCUGCACAAACAACAAUUUGCCCAACAAUGGCUCGUCCAAGUUCAAAUAUGGCAGAUUUUCGGAAGGUUUUUGCAAAAGCAAAGCACAUAGUCAUCCUGACCGGGGCUGGUGUUAGUGCGGAAAGUGGGGUGCCGACUUUCAGAGGAGCUGGCGGGUAUUGGAGGAAGUGGCAAGCCCAGGACCUGGCGACUCCACAGGCCUUUGCCCGGAACCCAUCCAGGGUGUGGGAAUUCUACCAUUACCGACGGGAGGUCAUGCAGAGCAAGGGCCCGAACCCCGGGCACCUCGCCAUUGCUGAAUGUGAAGCCCGGCUGCACAGACAGGGCCGGCGGGUGGUGGUCAUCACCCAGAACAUCGAUGAGCUGCACCGCAAGGCUGGCACCAAGAACCUUCUGGAAAUUCAUGGUAGCUUAUUUAAAACUCAAUGCACCUCUUGUGGAAAUGUGGCAGAGAAUUACAAGAGUCCAAUUUGUCCAGCUUUAUCAGGAAAAGGUGCUGCAGAACCAGAAACCGAAGAUGCUAGAAUCCCAGUUGAACAGCUUCCCCGGUGUGAAGAGGCUGGAUGUGGAGGUCUGCUGCGGCCACACGUUGUAUGGUUUGGAGAAAAUCUGGAUCCAGUCAUUCUGGACAAGGUGGAUCAAGAACUCGCCCUGUGUGACUUAUGUCUAGUGGUGGGAACUUCCUCUGUGGUUUAUCCUGCUGCCAUGUUUGCCCCUCAGGUGUCUGCCAGGGGCAUCCCUGUGGCUGAAUUCAACAUGGAAACCACCCCAGCCACGGACAGAUUCAGGUUUCAUUUCCAGGGACCCUGUGGCACAACCCUCCCGGAAGCCCUAGCCCGUCAUGAAACAGAAACUGGUUCUUAA